GCGCCGGAGAUGAAUAUUGUUGCGAAUGCGACUUUGUCGCGGUGGCUGUAAAAGUUUUGACGAGUUGUAUUGUGGAAGCAUUGAGUAAUAUGACUGAUUGGAGAAGCAGUCGAACUGCGCAGAGUUGUCGCCUCAGUCGGAGCUGGACGACGGCAGAGCAGCAGAGAGCGACGAGACCGCGCUGGCUUCGAUAUGCCCAAUUCGAUCACUUAUUGCCAGACGAACCGGGCGGACCCAUGGUGAAGAGAAAGAAGACGUCGGCCACUUCCGAAGAGCACGACAUUUGCAUGACACCGGGCUCCAGGGAGGGAAUCGGUGUCGAUGGGACGACGAAUCCGUCCAGAAAAGCCGACGGUUGCGACGAGGAGGAGAGCGGAGAGCAGGCGACCGAGGAGCGCAGUACAAAGGGAGACGAGCGAGUGGAAAUUCUUAAUCCGGCACCCACUACUCCCAGCCCCGGUUCGGGUUCUAGCCAGCAGACCCAGCCCUCGGCGGAGCCCACCGGCACCCCGUGUCCCGACCAACAUCAUUUUCUCCGAUCGAGCGUUCGACCUCCAAGCAAAAGGAUCCGGAAGGAUUCCAUCGGCUCGACCAUCAACGGCCAUGGCGGGGCCAAAUCGAAAGGGGCAGAGAACGGUACCUCUUCCCAGGGUGCAGUGGGACAGUCUGGGCCCGUGGCCGGGUCUACGGGAGGAGUUUCCAAGACCACCAAGGGCCAAGGACCUGCUGAGAAGGAGGAGCAAGCUGGUAACCAAAAGCGGGCCCGUCGGCAGUGGGAAUCUUGGAGCGCAGAGGAUAAAAACAGCUUUUUUGAAGGGCUCUAUGAGCAUGGCAAGGAUUUCGAGGCCAUCCAGAACAACAUUGCCAUGAAGUACAAGAAGAGAGGCAAGCCAGCAAACAUGGUGAAAAACAAGGAACAGGUCCGCCACUUCUACUACCGCACGUGGCACAAGAUCUCCAAGCACAUUGACUUUGCCAAUGUGUACACCCGAGUGCUAAAAAAAUCCUCUCAGGAACUUUACGGUCUCAUCUGCUAUGCUGAACUCCGCAAAAAAGUUGGAGGGCUUAUGGAUGACAAGAAUGUGGCAAAGCUGAAUGAACUCAUCCAACAAGGGGCCACCACUGUGCGCUCCAAAGGGAGGAACUUGCGAAUUAAAGCACCCAUGUGCCGUGCACUGAAGAAACUUUGUGACCCAGAUGGAGUAAGUGACGAGGAGGACCAGAAGCCGGUGCGUUUACCCCUGAAGGUGGCGGUGGAGCUUCAGCCACGCAGCAACUAUUCCUGGGCCCGUGUUCAGAGUCUAGCGCACAACCCUCGCCUAAGGAUGGUGGUGGAGCUUCACAGGAAAGUUUCCAGCCUCAUUGAGUACCUGAAACAGAAGUGGGCCUAUCACGACCAGAGAAUUAUAAAAAGUCUGAUGGAAAGGGAAGCAUUAGACGGGACUCAGUCCCCUUCGCCAAACAAAUCCCCACCUGAGGAGCUCUUUCUUUUCCCGGCAGAGAGCAGCUCCCUGACUACACUACCCGGCGUGGCUCGUGUGGUUCACUCCAAAGCCUCAUGCACUGUACACUGGCAAGAAAGCGGCAAGGCCCGGCCCAACGCCAAAGAGCUACCCGCUGCCCAGAUCCUGGGUAUUCAUACAGCUCCACCCUCACGGACAAGCACCAAAUCUGGACGAGGAAACACAGCUCCAACAGCUUCAGUGACCCCACAGAGUGACACUUGUCAAACAGAGCCCUCCAGCCUUGAGACUUCACCCAAUGGUUCUGGCAAGCUAGAGGAGAGGAGGCCUUCAUCUCUAUCUGCACUUCCCCAGCAAGCUGUGAUUCCCACAGAGGAGGCAACUGAGGGAGGACUUGUUGAGGGGAGCAAAACCUGCACUACUGGUGUGGAUUCCAAUGGAAGCCUAGCAGGGACCAAAACGAUAGAUGCAUUGUGUAGUAGUGCAGAGAGCGCACUGGAGCAGUGCAAGGAGGAGCAGAGCGUGAGCUCCUCCUCCCCAGACGGCAUCCAGACUGCGCCAGCCAAGCUUUCCAUGGCUGGCUCAGAAGAAGGAAUGCCGCAGAGCUCGGCCCCCGCAGCCAAAGAGCGAACUGUCGAACAGAUCAGAGGGGAAGGCUGGAACGUCCGUGACGCAGAGAACGUCACGCUGGCUGAGUUGUAUUUGAUGUUUGGGAAGCCUGGUAAGCUGCAGCUCGAGUACGAGUGGCAGUCCAUCUCACAAGCACCAUCGCAGCCGAGAACACACGGGAAGCAACGAGUACUACGCUGUCUGCUAAGACUGGUCACCACAGAGGUCAACCCCAAACCUUUGGCUCCAGAGCUUUGUUCCACAGCUACGUCACCCCUCAAGACUCCUCAGGAGGAACAAAACCAGGCGCUCACGCCUCCAGGAAAAGGUCCUAUUGCAGGGGUCCGUAGCCCAAGUUGUGGCCGGCAGCAGGCCUCUGUCCGAGGGGCCAAGUUGCACCUGACAAACGUAGGAGGCUCAGGUGCACGCAUCCUUCCCCGCUCUUUGCUGGGCUCGUCAGGAGCAGCAGCCAGCGACUCUGAAGGCAAUGUCUUUGCAGUACCCACCACACUCCCACCAAAUAGUUCCCGCCACAGCCGAAUGUUCUCCCCCAACAAGGAGGCUGAGCUGGCCCUGAGGCAGCAGCUCGACUCCAUCAGUAUGCAGUCAGAUCUUUUCCUCUCACGACAAAGAAAACCUCGAAACAAACUCCGGAAACCGCUCGUAGUUCAGCGAACUCUUCUACCGCGAACUACGGGGGACACUUCGCAGCACGUCUGCUCCGUCUCCAUCCUCUCCAACUCCUCUGCCACAGGAACUGGAUCUUUCCGGCCAAUUCAAACCCGGCUUGCUCCUGCCUCCCUCCCUCCACCGUCCAAGGCUUCCUCUUCGGCUGCCUCUGACUCUGCGGUAGCCAGUCAACUCUCCAGUGCACUUGACCUUGCAGCUAAGACUGCAGGCAUCAUUCCAGGAAGUCCUUGUCGGGAGCCAGAUCCUCCUGGCCUGGUCACCCCCGCACCAGUUGUUGAUGCUGAACCAGACCCUCAGCUCCUCCAGCACAAUGUCUCAGAGAAUGGCCUGCCUCCGCCAUCUCCCGGAGUGACAGGGGGUGGAGACUCACUCCUCUCUCCACCCAGCGUUGCCUCACUCCUGGACAUCUCUCUGCCGGGCCCCCCCGAGGAGGCCAUGACCCCCGGAGAGAAUCAAACACACAUCAGCGACUCCAUCAUCGAGCUCGCCAUCAAUUCUGCCCACUACGGCGAGGAGGCGGCGCUCUCUCCGGCCAAACUAAGUAGCAACGACGGCUCCAAACUGCUGGCCUCAUCUCCCUCCAUCAGCCCGUCCCGGGGCUGGAUUCCUUCACCCAGCCACGACCCACAGUGGUAUCCCAGCGACUCUUCCGACUCCACACUGGGAUGCCUCCUCUCCAGCAUGGUGUCUUCUGAUAAGGGCAGGCGGAGCACCCUCACCCCCUCCAGUGGCACAGCUUUGCUGGGUCCCAGCCUCCUUGACUGCAACUCCCAUGAUUCCUUUCAGUCACGAGGGCUUCCUGAUGUGGCCGAGAUGGACUCUCAGCUUGCCUGCAUGAUGAACGAGAGCAGCGUGGACUACAUCGCGCGCUUUAACGACCUGGCUCAGGAGCUCGCUGUGGCCGAACCCUCGAUUUCGCCACCCUGAGGGGGAGGCAGAGCGGCUCCGCAGACCCAACGCCAUCUGGACAAAACAAAUGAGCGCAUGCUACCCGCCACCUAGGAGCAAAGACGCCUGUGGAAACAGAGCAGUACCUAAAGCCAUCCCUGCCCUGUUUGUUAAAGUGCAAUAAUGUGAGAGGCGCAUCGUUCAAACACGCGUUGGCUUCACUAAACUUUUUGCAAUGAGAUCAAAAAAACUCCCUUUAAAGACUUCCGUUUACAAUUCACAACCUCAUGUACAGGAAAAUACUCUGCCAUAUCUGAAUGAAAAUCUUUCACUGAUCCUUUGUCUUUUCCUGCUAUUUUUGUUUGUCUUCUACAUGUAAACUUUGCCCCUCAAAAUGUGCAAAUCCACCAAAAAUGUGCAGUUUCACCACUCCCAAUAAGUUAGGGAUAUUCGUCUUUUGGGUGAAAUUACAAGAUAAACACUAAAAUGCACUAACCUUUCCAGAUUACUGUAAUUUGACCUUUUCUAAACUUUUGAUUGCAAAUGCCUAACUGUUAUGCUUCAAUACCUUUUGCACAAUUUACUGUUCCCUAACAAGGAGCUGAUUGUCAGUGUCAUCAGCAGGUUGCAACAGAGAUGCAGAGAAAUUGGAAGAGUCACAGAAAGGCAUAGAAGUGGACAUCCUUGGAAAUUUUCAUGGACCAAACACCUGUUUGGAGUUUUGCCAAUUACCUCCUUAUUAGAGAGAACAGCUCAAGUUGAACUUGUGCAUUUAAAAGUUUCAAGAAGGUCAAAAGUUCACCUGUAAUUGGUUGGACCUCAUUUUAGGUUCAUCCUCAUAUUUCACCCGAAAUUGCAAUAUUGCUAACUUUUUGUGAGUAGUGUGUAUAUCCUGAAAGAAAGGUGGUUGAUAAAGAGCUCAUCACUCGAAUCUCAGUCAUGCGCUUGUUUUAGUUGCCUUGUAUUUCAUAUUCAUUUCAUCUCCAUUAAUUCCGUUUUAUCGAGGUAGUGAACAUUUGAAACAUACUUUCAGUAUUUUUUAAGGCUGUAUGCAAAAUGGCAGCUUUGGUUGGCAGAAGGUUUGAAGAUCGCUUCAGUGACUUCAUUUCAAUUUGUUGCUGAAAUGAUAUAUGAAUUAAGUGUAAAUAUCCGUCUGUGAUGAGAUAAUACGUCAGGCUGCAUCGACUGGUUGAAAGAAAACAGUUGUACAUUCUAUAGCUUCACGUUUGAAACCUUUUAAUUUAACCAAGGACGCGCAUAUUCAUUUUACUCAGAGAUGUAUUUUCCUUUUUUAAAUUGAACAGUAACACUUAAUUAAAACUCUACGAAAGUGAGUAUUCAACUUAUUUACCUUUCAUUACUUAACGUUAGACUGGUUGUGUUGAAUUCCGUUGAAAUGUUGACUUGAUACUGUAUGUGAACGCUUGUGCCAAAGUCACUACAAAUGGUGAUCGUAUGAGACCAACCGACGCUUUCCUUUUUUGGUGUUCAGUCAUUUACUGCAAAUACACGCAUUUCAAAGUCCACUAUCAUUGCAUUAAGGGGUUUAUCGAACCAGAUCCCAGCUUGAAUUUGUCGUUUGAGUUGACUGGGUUUUAAAUAUUCCCCUUGCGGGGGAAUGUGGGGAAAUAGGAUUGUGAGAACUCACCACGCUGUUUAAAAUUCAAAUUUGCGAUUGUUUUAGAAAAGGAACUAACAGGCUUUAAAGUAAAUUGUUGUUUUU